AUGCUAAACAGCAUAGAUGACCGCCUUGGUCUCAUCAUUGCGCCCAGCCAGGUCCGUCUCCAGCCACCGAUCGAGGACGGAUAUGCAUGGCAGCAGAACCUCGACACGCUGACGAGCAUAUGCAACCUCGCGUCAACAUAUCGGAAUCAGGUUCAGUGGGAGGAGGCCGAGAAGCUCGAGGUGCAGGUCAUGGAGACUCGCAAGACGAAGCUCGGCGCGGAACAACCCGACACGCUGACGAGCAUGGCCAAUUUUGCGUUCACCUGGAAAACUUGA